ACAUGUGACAUGCAUUGGGAUUCUUGAAAUCUUUUUCUCGAUGGUUGAGUUCAAAUCCCGUUUCAAUAUUAAAAUAGAUAAAUAAAUAAAUCUAUUAUCAUAAAUUUCCGAAGUCUGACUGAUCCAAUUACUGUGAGUCGUCCUCCUAGCAUAGAUGUGGGCACAGCAAAAAAAAAAAAAAAAAAAUGUUGUUCAGUAGCAUUUCAUCAAACACUUGGCUGCUAAGCAUCAGCCUGCUGUUGUGUAUAGCAAUAUGUGCUUGCAAUGCGAGUGUAGAUCCCAACUUCCGAGUUAGAGCGGUAGCUCUAGGAGGUUGGUUGGUCACAGAAGGCUGGAUUAAACCUUCCCUCUUUGAUGGAAUCCCAAACAAAGACUUCUUGGAUGGAACUCAGUUUCAGCUCAAAUCAGUCACCACUGGCAAGUAUCUCUCUGCUGAGUUUGGAGGAGGAAGCAUUAUCGUCGCCAACCGAACGUCUCCUUCCAGCUGGGAAACAUUUACGGUGUGGAGGGUGAACGAGAAAACUUUCCAGUUGAGGGUGUUUCAGAAACAAUUCCUGGGGCUGGACGUGAAUGGGAAAGUAGGGAAAGGAAUAGUGGCGGUGGCUAGCUCACCUGGGGUUUCAGAGACAUUUGAGAUAGUGAGAAAAAAUAGUAAUUCAAGACGGGUUCGAAUUAAAGCACCCAAUGGAAUGUUGUUGCAGGCAAAGACAAAGGAGCUGGUGACUGCUGAUUAUCCAGCUGGGAACACUACUAGUACUGGAUGGGGAGUCCAUGAUCCAUCAGUUUUUGUCUUCAAGAUUGUUGGAAAAAUGAUGGGCGAGUUUCAAGUAACAAAUGGUUAUGGCCCACUAAAAGCCCCCCAAGUUAUGAGGGAGCACUGGAAAACCUUCAUAGUGGAAAAUGACUUCAAGUUCAUAUCAGAAAAUGGAUUAAAUACAGUGAGAAUUCCCUCUUUAAAAUCUAACCAUCAAAAAAUGAUAAAACUGGAAUAUGGAGUGAAGGUUAUAAUUGACCUGCAUGCAGCACCUGGUUCCCAAAAUGGAUGGGAGCACAGUGCUUCUAGAGAUGGCUCUCAGGAGUGGGGCAAAACAGAUGAAAGCAUGAAGCAAACUGUUGAUGUUAUAGAAUUCCUUGCUUCGAGGUACGCCAAACAUCCAAGCCUAUACGCUGUAGAGCUCUUAAACGAGCCUCUAUCUCCUGGAGUUUCUGUAGAUACCUUGAAAAAGUUCUACAAGGCUGGUUAUGAUGCUGUUCGUAGGCACACUGACAAGGCAUUUGUGAUAUUCUCAAACCGUUUGGGACCAAUGAAACCCAGAGAGCUCUUCCCUCUAGUCAGAGGCUUAAAACGAUCGGUCAUUGAUGUCCAUUACUACAGCAUCUUCACUGAUGACUUUAGCAAAAUGACUGUCCAACAGAACAUCGACUAUAUCUACACCAAUCGUACCGCGGAGUUGAAUCGUGUUACCACAUCCAACGGCCCUCUCACUUUUGUUGGUGAAUGGGUGGCUGAAUGGAAUGUUAAGAAUGCAACAAAGGAAGAUUACCAAAGAUUUGCCAAAGCUCAAUUGGAAGUUUAUGGGAGAGCAACAUUUGGUUGGUCUUAUUGGACACUUAGGAAUGUGCAAAAGCAUUGGAGUCUUGAGUGGAUGAUCAAGAAUGGUUAUAUCAAGCUCUAGAUUUAGAAAAUGCCAGCCAAUUAAUUAUUGGACUAGAUGAUUUUUUUUUGCAUAUUAGUCUGUACGCUCACUUCAUUUUGGACCCUGCUGACAACCUCUACCUACUACGCAUUUAGAAUUUGUAGUACUUAAUGCUACAUUAAUAAUCAAGGGUUCUGCUAAGAACAGCUCAAGUUUCUUCAUAAGGCAUGCAUU